GCCCAGCGCAUGCGUGACUGCACAAAAACGGACCAUCGAAACACAUUGACUUCUACGCUAUAUUACUUUCAAGAGUUAUCCUACCUUAAGUAGUUUGAAAUGUAAUGUAUUUGCCUUAAUCUAUGUUUGAUAUACCUUAUAAAAGGCCGUAUUUGUGUGAUCGCUAGUGCAAAUUCGUUGUUCUUCUGUGGUACUGUAGAUUGUUGGCAAUAUUUCGCAUGUAGCUGGCGGGAAGUGAAAAUGUUAUCAUAUAUCUCCCUUUACGAUAUUUCCAUCAAUUAGCCACUGGAAGGUGUUUUUUUAACCAGGGCGUUCUGCACUUAAUGUUUUUGAAAAUCACGGUCGAUUAAUGUGAGGAAAGUACUUAUACCGGGGCUUUUUCUGGAUGGUAGCGUCCCACUGGAAGGAUCCGCUCGCUCUGACAUUUCCACCACAAUGUCUCAGUCAGAGACGUGUUGCAUUUGUGGGGUGAGGUUUGUGAGGGGGCCCAAGGGUUACAACAGGAGGAAAGUCACCACGCUGACCAGCCCCAAGACCUUCCAGCUAGUCUUUGACAUCACUCCUGAUGACUCAUCCUUCCUCUGCUGGGUCUGUCUGGGUGUGCUCAGAAGGAAAACCAAGCAGGAUGGGAAGCUUUGGACUUGGUCAGAUUUGCCAACAAAAGUUGGCAGACCUCAAAAGCCCCGUGCCAAAAUACCAUGCUCAUCCACAACUUUACCCAAUCAAACUCCAAUUAUAACCAACCCAUCCUCUUUAUCCAUAGAAGAGUGCAUUGCUUCUAAAAAAAACAAACGAAGGACAGUUCGUCAGUGGGACGGGGAAAAAUGGACCACCUUGACUUCUUGUUCCCCAGAAUCCCAUUCAACAACCAUCAGACGACCUCCAACGCACAUAGCCCCAACCACACACUCUUCAACACCAUCAAAACAAGUAAAUUCCUCAGCAUUAUCAAGUCAAACUUCAAAUCAGAUCAGUUCCCUGUUCUCCUUUGGAGAGAGGACAACAAAAAGACAUCCGGAGGCUCCCCAAUCUACAACACACUCCACACUCCUGUCUCCGGUCCCCGUUGACGAAGGUAUAAGGCCCAAGAAGAAGAAGCUCCCUUUCUCCAAGACUAAGCAGAGCUAUGGGUUUGGACCUCAUGCCAAGGCCCUGUAUUAUAUGAACAGCCACCAGCACCUGAAGGCCUUCAGGUCCUUGAUGAAGACCAAAGCUAGAGAAGCCAUGACCCUUUUCCUCGCCGAGGUCAUCGCCCAGGAGAGUAAGGUAUUGAUGAAGGACCAACGUGGGCCGUUGCGUCAGCCGCUGACUGAGGCGAGUGUGAGUGGGUUUUCCUGGGACACGGUUCUAGCGUGGGGGGAAGAAAAGGCCCCUAUGACCCUGGCCUGUCUUAGAGCAAUGUUCCCCAAACCCAACACCAUCAGGACACGGGUUAUGAUGGGAGCAAGGAAAACAAAACGCCCGAGGACAGAAGAGGAGGCAGGUGAUGUCGUCAGCCAGAGGGCGGGGCUUAUCUUGGCCAUCGUCCUCUACACCUCCAUGCAGAAGUGCAACUUCAUCCAGGCCUCUCUGGGGAUUGAGUUCUGGAAACAGGGCUGUCCUCUCAGCGUGUUCAAAGCCCUCAGUGCCCUGGGGGUGUGUCCCAGUGCUGCCUCCACCAGGAGACACGCAGAGAGGCUGAUAACCGGCUUUGAUCCACCUCAGCAGGACCGGACAGAGGGGGUGGAGGAGGAGCCUGGGGACUCCUUUUGUAGAUCUGAGGAUGAGAGUCAGACUCUGAGUUGUUCUGAAGAGUAUCCCAGUUCCUCCCCAACCCACUCUCUGAACUGGUUCUCGGACCAAUCCCACUCCAGAGACGGGUCCUCGUCCGAUCGGAGUUCCAGACCUGACUCCAGAUCUCGCUCCAGGAGCGACGACUACCAAGGCCCUACUCAGAGACCUGACUCCCGGGAGUACCAGAAUCUGAUCAAAGAACAUGGUUACCACAAAGUCCAGAAACCUACAUUGAGUCGAUGGAUGAAGAACAGUGAGGACAACAGGGAGGCAAAGGAAAAACCUGUUCAAAAUCUCAAGAGAAGGAAGAUGACGAUAAGGAAACCUGCUCAAUCGCCUCCAGUAGUAAACGCAACUGGCGCGCACCGGUCAGACACGGAGACUUCUCAUAUAAGUAAGGUAAACAUGGAAGUCAUUGAAACGUCUCAAGUAGUCAACACACACGUGGAAGUCAUUGAAACGUCUCAAGUAGACAACACACACGUGGAAGUCGUUGAAACGUCUCAAGUAGACAACACACACGUGGAAGUCGUUGAAACGUCUCAAGCAGACAACACACACAUGGAACCCGUUCAACUCAGCGACAAGAAACCUGCUCAUAUAAGUGAAACAAAUGUACAACUUGCUCAAAUGUCGGAAAUGAGCGAGACAAACAUGGAACAAAUUAAAAUGCCCAAAAGAGGCAGGCCAAGGAAGGAACUUGCUCAAAUGUCUGUAAUGAGCGAGACAGUCAUGGAACAAAUGAAGAUUCCUAAAAGAGGCAGGCCAAGAAAGGAACUUGCUCAAAUGUCUGUAAUGAGCGAGACAAACAUGGAACAAAUUAUAAUGCCCAAAAGAGGCAGGCCAAGGAAGGAACUUGUUCAAGUAAGUAAAACAAACAUAGAACACACUCAAACUCCACAAAUAACCGACACACACUUGGAACCUGUUCACAAGCUCAGAAGUCCAAGGAAGAAACCUGUCCAAACGCCUCAGGUAACUGACACACAAAACAAACCCAUUCAAGUAACCAAUACAGAUAUUAAACUUGCUGAGACAAACAAAGAAUCAGUUGUACAGGCCAAGAAUGGGAGGCCAAAGAAGGGAUUUGUUCAAAUUCCACAUUUAACCGACACUUGCAUGGAACCCAUUCCGGUAAGCGAGGUAAAUACGGACACCACUUUAAUGCCCAGUAACAUGAAGAGACCCAGACGAGUUCCCCAAGUAUCCGGCACAAACCAGGAAUUAACUCAAAUGCCCAAAAUGAACAAGGAAUCCUGCAAAAUGCUUCCAAAAAUGGACACACGCAUGGCACCUGCUGUAACAUCUAAAAGAGGGCGGACAAGGAAGGGACCAAUUGAAAUGUCUCACGAAACCGACUUAGACACAGAAGCCGGUCUAAUGCCUCAAGCUGGUGAAAUGAAUCAGCAACGUGUCGAAGGACGGGAAAUACAUCAAAAACCCGCUGGACCCCAAAAACUCACUGGAAAGGCUAAAGUAAAUCAGAGAAAUAAAGCACCUGCAAAGACACCUGAAGAACCAGAUCAAAUGGAAUUGAUUUCAAAGCGCAAAAGAGGCAGGCCAAGGAAAGAACUUGCUCAAGUGAUCAACACAAGCAAGGAAACCCCUUCAAUGCAUAAAAUAAGCAAAACAGGCAAAGAACCUGCUCUUACCCGGGAGAUAAAAAUUAUUGUCAAUAGGAUGGAAAGCUGUAGUGCUGCUGAAAUGCCCCAAAUACGUGAGAUGAACAAUGAACCUAUUCAAGUAAGUGUGGAAAACUUUGAACCUGUUCAAAGACUGAGUGGGAAGUCAAUGGAGGGACUCGUUCAAAUGCCUCAAGUAAGCUGCACGGACAUGGAAUCUGGUAAGUUAGGCAGGACCAUCAUAGAAACCACUUCAACUGCAAAAAGGACUGACAAAGAAUCCGUUCAAAGGCCUCAAGCAAACGAAACAAAAGCAGAACUUGCUCAAACGUCUCAGAUAAUGGAAACGAUACAGGAACACAUUCAAGUAACCAACACAGACAAGGAAACUGCUUCCGUGCCCAAAAGAAGCUGCACAGACAAGGAAACUGCUUCCGUGCCCAAAAGAAGCUGCACAGACAUGGAACUUGCUAAAAGGUACAAAAUGAGUGACUUUCAGACUCGGGUAAUAAGAAUAGUUGACACUAGGAUGAGGGCAAACAAAGAAUCUGUUUCAAUUCCUCAAGUACACGACCCAAACCAGGACCCUGAACCUGCUGCAACACCUGAAAUAGGAGACACAAACAAACAACCCACGCGAGUGAUCAGAAUAGUUGUCAACAGGAGGAUACCGGCAGACGUAUGUAGUCACACCCGGAAAAGCCUGGAGUGCCUGGCUGAGGUAGCGGCCAAAUGUGCUCCAUUAGAUGUUAAAUCUGCCGAAGAAGAUGGAUAGGUUGGUAGACGCAUGUUACUUAUCAUUAUAACAAACUUCACAACAUGGCGUCUCAGGAAAGAAAAUACAAAUUGUGGAAGGGUAUAACCCUAGCCUGAGGGGUGGGGAAUAGUCUGCCUCGUCUUCUGUAUUCGUUUUACUGUAAUUGUACAUACCAGGCCUUUGUUUUAGCAAUUGUCUUCUCCACCUUGUUCAUUUAAUAUGUACAUAAUCCCAGAAACCUUCGUGUUUUUGUCAGUGUCCACUGUGGAUUUAGUGUUAAUCUUAUCCCAUUUUGUAUUUAGUUGUUUGGAUUGUACUUCUGUGGUUGUUGACAAUGUAAUAAAAAUAAUAAUAAUAUAAUAUGUAUGUGUUUUGUACAAAGGGAAUUACUGUAGUCUUAGUAUCCAUGCUCAUUUCAGGGUAUUUGUUUUCAUUACAAAUGUCAUUUGACUAAAAGCAGAGACUGUAAACCAAAACAGAUUUGCCCACCAAUCUUUAAGAUAGAAAAUAAAUUGUUAUAAAACAACCACAGCGUUUAUCUUGACUCAAGGCUUUUCCUUUCAUACAGUUUUUGAUGUAUACAUUCUUGCAAUAAUAUCCUGUGGUAAUACUUGUGAUCAUUUCGUGUAUAUUACUGUUGUCUCGUGUAAAAAAUGAAGCUCACAGAAUAAACAGUACAAUUGUAUACA